UUUAGCCAAUAGAUGUCGCAAUUGUUUGAAUUAAUUCUCAAGUUCUUAUUUCAAAAGUAUUUUUAGGGUUAUGUUAAAAGUACCGCACGUGUCAAUAACAUAAAAACAAACUGUUGUGUUAAUAAACUUCGUAAAAAAUGGUGAAAUUAGCAAAUAAACAGUCAAAAAGACAGCCGGCCCGUCAGAGAUAUAAAAUCGAAAAGAAAAUCAGGCAGCAUAACAAAAAGGCGCGACGAGAGGCGAAAAAAAACCCCAAAAAGGGCAACAAACAAAAAAUUAUUCAAGUACCAAAUAUAUGUCCAUUCAAAGAAGAUAUACUUAGAGAAGUUGAGGCAUUGAAACAGCAAAAGGAAGAGGAAAGAUUAAAGUUGAGAGAAGCUGCAAAAUUAGAAAGGCAAAGAAAAAAGGAAGAGAAAACUAAUGGACAACAAAAUCUGGUUAACAGUGAUGAAACUCCAGAAUUAGAAAAAAAUGAAGUAAAAAAAAGGGGGAGUUAUGUUAAAGACUAUAAAGAAAUAAUAGAAACUUCAGAUAUAGUCUUAGAGAUUUUAGAUGCACGUGAUCCUUUGGGUACAAGAUAUCCACAAGCAGAGCAAAUUGUAAAGAAACUGAAAAACAAACAGCUCAUUAUAAUUUUGAACAAAUCUGACUUAGUACCACGUGAAGUGCUUGAAAAAUGGUUAAAACAUUUCAGAAAAACCAACAUAACUGUGCCAUUUAAAGCUUCAACACAGCAGAAAAAUAUUAAAAAUGGCAAAUCAGUUAAACUAUUUGAAAGUAUUGGUAAUGAGUUGUUAAUGAAUCUUCUCCAUAAUUAUUUUGAAUCAAAAAAUUUGAAAAAACCUCUUAGAAUUGGAAUUAUUGGAGUGCCAAAUGUUGGGAAGAAAUCUUUAAUAAACAGCUUGAAAACUAUUAAAGCUUCUGAACCUGGAAUAAAUGAAGAUAUUCAAGAAGUGCAGUUAGAUUCAAAAAUUAUUCUCCUGGACUCGCCAGGAUUAAUUCCAUUAAUAAACAUAGAAAACAAUGUUUCUUUAUUGAAUCCACAGAAAAUAAGACAGUUACAUGAUCCAAUAAGUGUAGCAAAUUCUAUACUGGAUAAAACCAGCAAAGAGUACAUGAUGGAAAUGUACGACAUUCAUGCAUAUGAAACACCAGAGGAGUUUUAUAAUUUGAAAGCAACGCGAACUGGUAGAUUUAAAAAGGGUAGAGUACCAGAUACAAUUGCAGCUGCUAAAGGAUUAUUAGAAGAUUGGAAUAGUGGCAAAAUUAAAUAUUAUACUUUGCCUCCCGAAGAUGGUAAAAAACAGACUAAAAUAGGGGCAAAUUUGGCAAAACAAUUCAGUGUUUCUAGUCUUGAAUCUAUGGAAACAAGUGUUUUAAAGUCAUUUGAAAAAAAUUUUGACAGUAAAUUUAAAUUUUUUGUAAUAGAUUCUUUGGGCCCUCUGAGCUCUGCCGAAGACAUGAAUAAUUGUAACAGAAAUACUGAUGUGCCAACAGAUGCGAUUCCUGAAGUCACAGUGUCAGAAAAGGAAAAGAAAAAGGCAAAUAUAGAUACAAAAUUAAACAAAGUAAAGAAACCUGCAUUUAAGAAAGAUAAAAAGGAAAAAGUGACGAAAGAAAAAGUUUCGAAACAGCUAUCCAGCGGUUUGGAAAACUACAAUGUUUGUCGUCGAAACAGUACAGAUGAAACUUAUGAUUUUGAUACAGAUUUUAACUUGUAAUUUAAAUAUUAAUAAAUGUGACCUUUACUGUU